AUGAGGAAGAGGAAGGCAGCUCACAGUGUGUUUCUUCAAAAUCUUGCUAUGAAUUCACUGAUGAUAGUGGGGUGUGCCCUUUUAUUGUAUACACCCACAAAGCAAUUCUUGUUCCUCCAUCUCCCCAACGUGUUGUCGUGCCUUUCUAGUCCCAAGUGUGUUUUUGUCUUGGUCAAUGUCAUUGUGGUGUACCUGGUUGGAGAAUCAAGGCUCAGCGGUCACGAGGGUUCAUCACGGAGAUCUUCUCGGAUCAGUGAUGUCUACGAUGAGUACGUUGGUAGAGCUAGAGCUCAAAGGGAAUUGAGCGAAUCGGAUAGUGAAAGUGUCAUCGUAGUGGAUGAAAUUACGACUUCAUUUGAGGAUGAGAUAGUUGAACAAGAAGAACAAAGUGUGAUAAAUGAAAAUGUGAAUAAUGAAGAGAAAGUCAAGGAGCAAUUAGUAGAAGAUAAAAUAGAAGACAUUGAAGAAAAAGGAGGAAGGGGAGCAGGAGAUGAGCUUAACAGAAGGAUAGAGGACUUCAUUGCAAGAGUUAACAGACAAAGGCAACUUGAGAUCCAAUCACUUGUUUCUUGUAAAGCUUGA